AUGUAUAAAGUUUAUCAAUAUCAAUUGGUUUUAAUGCAUGCAAAUUUCAUAAUUGUUGGAGGAUGGGCUUACUUUACGUGGUUAAAAGAAGUAAGCUGGUUUAAUUAUAAUGCAAAAUCAUUUGGAAUAGAAAAAAAAUACUCGGUUUGGCCCGUAUACAUUCCCGAUCAAAUAAUAUAUUUGCUUUCGCUGGGAUUCAUACUUCGAGCUAUAAGAGAAGAAUUAAGAUGGAUGUUGAAUAUUUUAUUACUAAUCAACAUUUUGGAAAUUGGAAGUAUUUUAUAUAGGUUAAUCGUAUGGUGCCCUGACGAUUUAUUUAAUUCCAAUGAAUUUGGUAGAUGCAAGUUUGAAAAUAGAAUUAAAUAUGUCACUGAUUAUACGACCAUAUUCAUAAUUG